ACCUGGGCGUGCAUGUCCGAAGUCAUCCCUGGUCCGCUCUCGCGCGCGUCAACGCGUCCAGCCAACAUGGACGCCAACCGGACGCACUCCGGGCGCGAUGCGCACAACCUGGGCGCCUUGGGGCAGAGACUUUGGGGGAACCAGUCUCUCUUCCCGAACGGCACCGCCGCCCCCGAGGCGGAGGACCUGGACGUGAACACGGACGUGUACUCCAAAGUGGUGGUGACCGUCAUCUACGUGCUGGUGUUCGCGGUGGGCUCGCUGGGCAACGCCGUCACCCUGUGCACCCUGCUGCGCAAGACGAGCCUGCAGAAUCUGCAGAGCACCGUCCACUACCACCUGAGCAGCCUGGCCGUGUCCGACCUGCUCAUCCUGGUUCUGUCCAUGCCCAUCGAGCUGUACAACUUCAUCUGGGUCCACCACCCGUGGGUGUUCGGGGACGCCGUGUGCCGCGGCUACUACUUCCUGCGGGACAGCUGCUCGUACGCCACCGCCUUCAACAUCGCCUCUCUGAGCGUGGAGCGCUACAUGGCCAUCUGCCACCCCUUCAAGGCCAAGAGCAUCAUGUCCCGCAGCCGCACCAAGAAGCUCAUCAGCGGAGUGUGGCUCGCCUCCUUCGCUCUGGCCGCGCCAAUGCUCUUCAUCAUGGGCCAGGAGGCGCGCCGCGGCGAGAACAUCUGCACCGCCACCGUGGCCCCCGUCACCAUGAAGGCCGUGCUCCAGAUGAACGCCUUCCUGUCCUUCGUCUUACCCAUGGUCGCCAUCUCCGCCCUGAACGGGGUCAUAGCCAAUCAGCUGUUGAGAAUGUUCAGAGAGGCGGAGCAAGACAACCGCGUCUGCAUCGUCGGGGGCAAUCCCACCAUGCUCAACGUCUCUGUGGAGCCCAACCGCGCUCAGUCGCUUCGGCACGGAGUUCUUGUUCUUCGAGCGGUGGUCAUUGCCUUUGUGGUUUGCUGGCUGCCCUAUCACUCCCGCCGCCUCAUGUUCUGCUACGUGAGCGACUGGUCCGACGACCUGUACGACUUCUACCACUACUUCUACAUGAUCACCAACGUUCUCUUCUACAUCAGCUCAGCCAUCAACCCCAUCCUCUACAAUUUGGUGUCGGCGCCCUUCCGCCAAGUCUUCUUCUCCACGCUGCGCAACCUUUGUCUGCCCUGCGGGUGGCGCUCCCACGGAAGUCGCCCCCGUCCCCUCACCCGACACUCUCUCAGCAUCUCCAGCAACCACACCCUCUCCACCAACAUCAUCAAGGAGACGGCCUACUAGGAAGUACCUUUGCAGUAGUACUUACUCUGGCACGGACCAGCGGGUGCAGUUUCUGGAUCGUCGGAUCUAGCAGACGUUAUAAUAGGUGUUUUAUUUUGAAGGCCAAGGUGUCUGACUGGUUCCCGAUAUUCCGACCAGUGAUGAAAAACAAUGUGCUGCAUUUAAUGUGUGUACUGUGUGUAUAAUGUGCGUUCGUGUAAAGAUUCCACAAUAUAAACUCUAGCAUUAUAGGGGAUCCCAAAACCCCCAAAACAAAAGAAAAGUCAAAUUUUUAUAUCAAAUGAAACCUUUUGCUUUUGCGUGCCCAAUUCUAAUUUUAGGUGAUUUUAAGCGGUAAGGCACAAAAAAACAAGGCAAGGAGAGAAAUAUCUAAAAAGGUCAUUAUAUAGAGCGUGGAGUAUCAAGAAAUCCCCCAAAUAAACGAAAAUGCCCACUUUUGUGCGCUAAUGCGUCGUAUUUGGUCUUCAUAUAGAACAAGUUCAUUUUCUAACUUUAAUAAUAAUUAAUAAUAAAAGUCGUGGUGGUGCAUGGAGAAGCGGGAGCCUCACUCAUACAUUCAACAACAGUUAAAUAGCGUUCUAAACGACUACCAGAAGUUUAUGCUCAUGUAAGCGGUUAAGCUUACGUAAGGAGUCCACGUCACACAAUUUCGCCAAACAUGCUACAAGAGAACAACUGUUAAACGACCGCAGUUAGUGCAGUUGUCAGUUUGCGGAAAGAUUCCACAAUAUAAUCCCAAAAUCCUCAAAACAAACAAAAAUGUCUACUUUUGUGCGCUAAUGCGUCUUAUUUGGUCUGCAUAUAGAACAAGUUCAUUUUGGAACUUUAAUAAUAAUUUUGAGUUAUAGUGGUGCAUCGGGAAUCGGGAGCCUCACUCAGAAAUGAUCAUAUAUACUGUAUAGUGCAGUUGUCAGUUCAUGGAAAGAUUCCACAAUUCCCCCCUUUCGGGGGUCCCGCAACCCCCAAAACAAACAAAACUAUCCCUUGUUUACAUCUUUGUGCCCUGAGUUCACGAACUGAGCUCAUGGGGAUCAUGCUGCAGUGGUCUGUAAUUGUGUGUAAGAAAUGAAUAUAUAGACAGUAUAUAUAUAUAUAUAUAUAUAUAUAUAUAUAUAUAUAUAUAUAUGUAUAUACUGUAUAUACUAUAUAUACUGUAUACAGUAUAUAUCACACAAAAGGGAAGGAAAUGCAUCAUGAAUUCUCUGUAUGUAAAUGUUCAGACAUGCUUGAUGCUGUAAAGUGUACAUGACAGUGUUGUUGUGUCUUGCUGUUGUUGUGUCCUUUGUCCUUUCAGCCUUUAUAAUUUGGAUAUAUUUCAUUUGCGUGUGAAUGUCAAGGUCAUCCGUGAAAUGGUGCUUGUGCUGCGUUGAAUGUACACCUUGCUACUGUAUGUCACUACACAUUCAUUUUGGCAUUAAAGACAGGCUGCGCAUUCAUUUUCAUCACUUUUGCCACACCCUGUCUGCUCUUUUGUAUUAAAAACCCAGCUAUCAAUGGCAUGACUUGUAUUGAUGAGUAGAUAUUGAUUUAAAAAAGGGGUAAUAAGACAAUAAGACUUGGCUUCUUUCUGCUCACUUUCAUUCUGAAUUGAAGAGUGUUUGUUUGUUACAUUGUUUUUUUUCUUUUUUGAAUGAAAUAAAUGUUUUAUUUAAAAAAAUAAAAUGAAAAAUAUAUGCAUAA